AUGCCAAAUUUGCAAAUUCUAGCCGUUACUGAAGCCUUUGAGAUAAAAAUUCUUAUCGGCGCCCAUUCGAACGGAUGCAUUCUUGAAGGCACUGCUCUAGCCAUUGGUCGCCCAGUAAUACCCAGUUAUAUACCAGCUUCGCUCGAUGUCACUGACGACUCCUCCUAUUUGUUGACACGAGCUACCAACGUUAUAUUUGCAUGCUUGUCAUGGUAUCAGCAAAAAGUAUUGUCUAAAGCAGCAGAAAGAGUGAUGAGGGAAAAGCUUGGACCGAAAAUUACGCCUGUUUGGGUAGGCUGUGCUAGGUGGAUAGAGUUCAUGACCAUUACUUUCAUCUUUAUGGGUGAAGUAUGCUAA